AUGGAGUUUCUUCGUACUCAUUUCGAGAGGCUCAAUACCUUUGUUGGGGCUUCAACUUUCGGACGAGUCUUUCGUCUCGAAGGCUGCGGACAUGAGAAAGAGAUCAAGAACGCACGGCUUACCUCCGAGAUCCGCGCCGGUUUGACGACGUUUUUUACUAUGACAUACGUCAUAUCUGUCAAUGCCUCUAUUCUGGCAGAUUCGGGUGGUAAUUGCAUAUGCAACGAUGCUGCCGAUCCACUUUGCAUGAACAACGAUGAGUAUGCCGUCUGUGUCCAAGAUCUUAACCGGUCGCUCAUCACAGCAACUGCGGCUGUUGCAGGCUUCAGCUCUGUCUUGUUUGGCUUCCUUACCAACAUGCCCGUCGCCCUCGCACCUGGUAUGGGUUUGAAUGCAUACUUCGCAUACCAAGUUGUUGGUUACCACGGUAGCGGCAUUAUACCGUACAAUCUCGCGCUCACCGCUGUCUUCAUAGAAGGCUUCAUCUUCGUCGGAUUGUCGCUGAUCGGCAUGCGCCAGUGGCUGGUAAAAGCCAUCCCGAACUCGUUGAAAAUCGCUACGGCCUGUGGCAUUGGACUUUUUCUUGCAUUGAUUGGUCUGAGCAAUGACACUGGUAUUGGUGCAAUCAGCGGAGCGCAGGUUACCCCGCUGCAAAUCGCGGGCUGUGCGGAUAAGUACAAGGACGACCUUGGUAUUUGUACAAGCCAUAAGAUGACCUCUCCUACCUUUUGGAUAGGACUCAUGUGUGGAGGCGUUAUCACCUCUUAUCUGAUGAUGUACAAGGUCAAAAGUGCCAUGAUUGUUGGCAUUUUGAUCGUUUCUAUAACCGCAUGGCCUCGAGGCACUGAAGUGACCUUCUUCCCUUACAACAAAAUCGGAGACGACCGAUGGGAUUAUUUCAAGAAGGUCGCUUAUUUCCAUCCGAUCAACCACACUCUCAACACGCUGGACUGGGACAUGUCACAGCAUACCUCUCAGUUUGUGCUUGCUCUUUUCACAUUUCUCUACGUCGAUAUUAUCGACUGUACAGCUACAUUGUACAGCAUGGCUCGAUUCUGCGGUGCAGUGGAUUCAGACUCUGGCGACUUCCCUCGAUCUACAUUGGCUUACUGCACUGAUGCAUUCUGUAUUUCUGUUGGCGCUCUUCUGGGUGUCUCACCGGUCACAGCUUACAUUGAGUCUGGAGCGGGCAUUGCAGAAGGUGGCAAGACCGGACUGACUGCAAUUACCACCGGUCUCUGCUUCAUUCUUUCAAUGUUUUUUGCCCCUAUCUUCGCAUCAAUUCCUCCUUGGGCAACAGGAAGUACACUCGUCAUCGUUGGAUGCUUGAUGAUGCGGCAAGUCACAAACAUUAAUUGGCGAUACAUUGGAGAUGCCAUUCCUGCCUUCGUUACCCUCAUGUUCAUUCCUUUUAGUUACAGCGCAGCUUACGGCCUGAUUGCUGGUCUGAUGAUGUAUACAACGCUUAACGGCAUGGCAUACCUCACCGAGCUGAUAUCUGGUGGCCGCAUCAUUCCCGAUGAUAGAGAUGCUCGGGAAUACUGGUCCAUCCGACCACGUGGUAGAGACCCUUGGUUCGUAAGGGCUGGCCAGGGCAUAGCAGAUCGUCUCAUUAGUGGACGCAAGAGUGACGGCUCGUCGGUCAGAAGUGGCACUCCCUCCUGGCACCACGAGAGGAUCGGAUCGAAGGGCUCGAACCGGGAGAUGCACACGAUGACCAUCAAGCCAAACGACCCAACGGAUCCCAGGCUUGAGAAGGUCUUGCGUAAGCUCUGA